AGAAGAGUCCGACAGACGGGCAGAGACAGACAACCUACCUGGACAUGGAUCACCUGCUCAUGCUUCUGAUGCCGCUGUGGAGCUCAGGUGCUCAGUGUGGAACCACAGCCCAGGAUGGUGGACGUCUCCUCCAGCAUCUCACCUGAGAGCUUCAACACCAUCAGGUCCUUUCUCACCAAAGUAGUAAGAAACAAGGACAUCGGACCAGACAGAACCCAGAUUGCCGGUAUCAGUCGUGCUCCUCCUGGCUCCGGUGUUGACCAGCUGCAUGGCUCUGGUCAUGCCGCUGGACUGCAGUGACAUCCAUAAUAAUGACAACAGCCGACCCAGCGGAGUGUACACCAUCUAUCCCAUCGGAUCCACGUCUGCUGUCCAGGUGUACUGUGACAUGGUCUCUCAAGAAGGACGCUGGACGGUGUUCCAGAGGAGGAUGGACGGCUCGGUGAACUUCUACAGGCCCUGGGAUCAAUACAAGUUUGGCUUCGGUGGUGCAGCAGGAGAGUACUGGCUCGGGCUUGAGACUCUCUUCCACCUGACGCUGAGGAAACGGUAUGAGCUGCUGGUCGACAUGGAGGACUUCAGUGGAAACACAGUGUCCGCUCGUUACUCCUCGUUCUCCAUCGACCCAGAGUCCUCCGGAUACACACUGCAUGUGUCUGGAUUCACUGAUGGAGGGGCAGGAGACUCCCUGAGUUCUCACAGCGGGCAGAAGUUCUCCACCUUCGACAAAGACCAAGACUCGUAUGCAGGGAACUGUGCCAGACUAUACUUGGGGGCAUUCUGGUACAAUAGCUGUCACCAUACAAACCCCAACGGGGUUUAUCGUUGGGGGGCUGACAACACUCUCUAUGCUGUUGGAGUUAAUUGGUACCAUUGGAAGGGUCAUGACUACUCCCUGAAGGCCAUCAGCAUGAAGAUCCGUCCUGUGCACUAGAUCAGGACCAACGUACAGCAGAACAUCAGCUGAUGAUGAUCUAUAUGUGAUCACACAUAACCUUUAGAUGGAAACACUUGGAAAGUCUGGUAAUGUGUACGUUUUAAAGUCAGACACAACUUUUGCUGGAGGUUUGAACCCCUGAUGUGAAUCAUUAUCUGCUGUAUGCUGACAAUAAACCAGAAGCUGUCUUCACUUCGUCUCAUGUGUCUCUAUGUCUGGAUUCUUUCUUUUAAAGACACUGUGUGGUGGACGAUCACUUUUCUUCCUGUUCACAAACAGACAACAACUCCACCUUCUUCAGAGGAAAUAUACAUAUUAAUACUCCUUAGAGGUAUCAAGACUAGUAUUCAAGUCAUGUUGAUGUCAACUAUCUCUAAUUUUCAAUAAAGUAAUGUCACACACAUGAAGAUAAAACAGGAAACGAUUCAGCGUUUAAUUCAGAGAUAGUUGAUAUCACCAAUACGUUUUACAGCCUCAGUGUGAACUGACUGACAAUAAUUAUUUGAAUUUCCUUAUUUUUCCUUGGCCAAAAGUUAUCGAAGCAAUAAAGUUGUAAGUAGAGUUUUAUUCACUGCAUUCAGAUCUCCAUGUUUCCUCUCAAAAAAUGUUUUAUUUGCUGAUAAUUAUAAAGAAAAUGUAGCUUAUUCUGAUAUAUAUUUUCUAUAUAUAUAUAUUAUUUUUUGGGGGGGGAGUUGUGGAUUGAUUUUGAUAUUGUUGUAAAUUUUAGUUUUUCCUAGUUUUGUUUAAUUUUAAUGAGUUUUUAUGAUUACUGUGUAUUGUUAUGUGUACAUAACUUAUUGUUCUGCCUUGUCUGUUGCAUUUUGUAAAUCUUUAUGUUUUUGAAGAAAAGUUCAUUUGUAUCAAAGACAAAAAGUUGGAUUAAUGCACUUUAAUUCCACACAAUGUGAUUCAUCCUUUAGUUUGUGCUGAAAGGUUAAAUAUGGAGCUUGACUCAAUCAUUUUCUUUAUUAAUAAUUAACAUAACUUUCUGGUUCCUGAUAAUAAAUGUUAUUUAUACAGCGCGGGGGAGGGGCAGAUAUGUGUUGACAGAAGAUGAUCUCAAACAUUGCACAAGAUGGUGUUUGUGUUGUUUCUGAUAAUAAAAGAAACACAGCUAACCUGCUCUUUAAACUGUAUAAGUUUAAGUCCCACAAUGCAGAUGGAUUAUUAACACGUCCUUUUCUAGGUUUAUGUUUAUGAAACUGAACGAUUGUUCACAGUAAAAUAAUUUCUCUUGCUGCUCUUCUGUGAUUAUUAAUUUAUCAAACAGGCGUUAUUGAUUAAAAACAACUAUGAAAUAAAUGUUUAAGCGUCUGAUUCGUCAGUCACAAAAAC